AUGAAUAUCUCGGUGGUUGGAGUUAACAAAUUUGAUAUCGUAAGCGAUGAGGCAAUAGAAAUAGUUGACGAUGUGAUCAACUGUGUGUUGUUAAAUUGUGUGGCCAUUUUGGGUAUCAUUGGCAACGUUUUGAAUGUGGCUGUGCUGGCCACUCAAGGAAUGAAAGAUACAACACAUGUGAUUUUAAUGUCGUUAUCCUGCGUGGAUUUGGUCUACGUCGUGCUGAUCCCCAUAAGAAGAGGCCGCUGCAUUGUCGCAAAAUUUGACGUUCUCUUGGCUCAAACUUACGACGCCAUUUUGAAUGUCUAUCUGGUCGUCCCCGUGCGUCUUGUGAGUUUCGUCUCUUCUGGUCACGUUGUGUUAAUCUCCAUCGAGAGGAUGAUAGCUGUGUAUUUCCCAUUUCAAGUCGGCCAUUUUUUUACAGUUAAAAUAACCACAGGCUAUCUCGCUGCUAUUUAUAUCUUUUGGACAUUAUUAAUCGGACAAUUUUUUAACAUGUUUGCUUUAGUUUGGGUUAAGGAUUCAAACAAUAACUCACUCGCACUCCCUGGAUUCUCAGAACCGUUUUAUGAAUAUAAGGAGAUAUUUACUUUUAUUAAUGUUUACAUUGUCGCUAACUUGCGUGGUUCCGUGUCUCUAGCUAUCAUUAUUUUAGCGUCCAUGGCAACGGGAAUCAAACUCCACAUAACGUCUAGAAAAAGACUUGAAUUGACCUCUUCACGUUCUAAACCAAAAAUAGACUUGAAGGCCGCUAAAAUGCUGCUGACGGUCUGUGUUGUGUACCUGGUGCUGACCAUUCCCACCGCGAUCCCAACGACCAUGUACUUCCUGGACGAGACGUUCGUUGUUUACCAAGGGCAGAUCACUGGCAUUUACUUCGUCUCGGAGAUUCUCGUCGACUUCCUGUACGUCGUGAACUCAUCCGUGAAUUUUUUAAUCUACGUCACAAUGUCCAGAAAGUUCUCGAGAACCUACGCUAAGCUAAGCAAACAGCGAUUAACACAGUUCCAUUUUAAAUACAGAAUGGGAUUUCAAAGGAGAGAAAAAGGAUUAUAUGCUAAUUAA